GAGAAGAGCAGCAGCAACAGCAGGAGUCUGUUGUGGAAGAGACUGUCAACUGAAGAUCUCAUCUGGGAUUUUGCUGUUGUAAUAUUAAUGGACAUCUCUGAUUUACAACAUCCCAUUUGAUCCCUUUAAAUCUGAACCACUCCCAGCAACCCAUUCUCCUCUAAAGCGAAUCAGGCAUAGAGAUGUCUCUCUGUAGAGAACUUUAAGUCGAACUGACAGAUAUGUUUUAAGACAUCCCACAUCCUUUGCCUUACGAAGAAACAACACAAGGUCACAUUAAAAAAUCGACUCCCUACAUGGGAGAGUCCUGCUUCAAUCAAACUGAGGCUUUUAAAGAACAGCCCAUUGACACUGCUGUCUCCCAUCUCCGGCUGACCCUCCGCACUCAACUUUCUGUCAGGAUGAGUGACUCACAGGAAGCGACGUCCCCAGUGGCAGGCAUAGGAGGCCCUGUUGCUUGCGUAUCCAAGGUGGAGCUGCGUGUUUCCUGCAAGUCCCUGCUGGACCGAGAUACGCUCAAUAAGUCUGACCCCUGCGUCAUGCUCAUGGUACAGAACCAAGGUCAAUGGACUGAACUGGACCGCACUGAGGUGAUCAAGAGUAACCUGAAUCCGGUCUUUGCCAAAGUCUUAAUGCUGGACUACUACUUUGAGGAAGUACAGAAACUGCGUUUUGAAGUCUACGACAUUCACGGAACUCACAGUAUUGGAACGCGAGACGACGACUUCCUGGGUGGUGUGGAGUGCACGCUUGGACAGGUGAUGUUUUCCUGUGCAUUUUAUGUAAUAUUGCUAAAAUACACCAUUAUGUUGGCUUUGUCUCAGCUAAUCUCUAUCUUAUUUCCCAAGAUUCACGCAGAAGAGAUUUCUGGGAACAAUGGCUAUUUGGAGCUUUCCUUCUGUGCCAAGAAGUUAGAUGAUAAGGAUCUCUUCAGCAAGUCAGAUCCAUUCUUGGAGAUUUACCGGAUCAAUGAUGAUGGAACAGAACAGCUCGUACACAGAACUGAAGUGAUUAAAAACAAUCUGAACCCUGUGUGGGAACCCUUUAAGGUGUCUCUCAUUUCCCUGUGCAGCUGUGACGACGAAAGGAAGUUGAAGUGCUUAGUCUGGGACUAUGACUCGAGGGGAAAGCAUGACUUCAUUGGCGAAUUCUACACUAAUUUCAAAGAAAUGCAGAAGAUUUCCUCAGGAAACAAGGUCACAUGGGACUGCAUCAAUCCAAAAUACAAACUGAAGAAGAAGAACUACAAGAACUCUGGGUUGGUUAUUCUCAGCGAUCUCAAGCUUCACAGAGUCUAUUCCUUCCUGGACUACAUCAUGGGAGGCUGCCAAAUACACUUCACAGUUGCCAUUGACUUCACGGCGUCCAAUGGGGACCCUCGCAAUAGCUGUUCCCUGCACUACAUCAACCCAUAUCAGCCGAAUGAGUAUCUGAAAGCCUUGAUAGCUGUGGGGGAGAUCUGCCAGGAUUAUGACAGUGACAAACGAUUCUCUGCUUUGGGCUUCGGGGCAAGAAUUCCACCUAAUUAUGAGGUGUCUCAUGACUUUGCCAUAAAUUUCAACCUGGAGGAUGAUGAAUGUGAAGAGAUCCAGGGGGUUGUGGAAGCCUACCAAAACUGCCUGCCAAAGAUCCAGCUCUACGGUCCCACUAAUGCGGCUCCCAUCAUCAACAGAAUAGCUAAGCAAGCGGCUGGGAAAGAACCCAUCAAAGAUGCUUCUCUGUAUCAUAUCCUGCUGAUCCUCACAGACGGGGUGGUAACAGACAUGGCCGAUACACGGGAGGCCAUUGUUCGGGCCUCCUACCAGCCAAUGUCCAUCAUAAUAGUGGGAGUGGGAAACGCCGACUUCACAGACAUGCAGAUCCUUGAUGGGGAUGAUGGAGUCCUGCGCUCACCCAAAGGGGAACCCGUCUUGAGGGACAUCGUCCAGUUUGUGCCCUUCAGAGACUUUAAAACGGCUUCACCAGCUGCACUGGCAAAGUGUGUCCUAGCGGAGGUGCCUAAACAGGUAGUGGAGUACUUCAGUCACAAGGCCAUACCGCCGAUGAACCCAGUGCUGAAUUCAACCCCCAGCUCCAUCGCCAACACACCUGAAUAGCACUCAACCUGAGGUCCAGUCCAGCCCUGAACACCUCCACAGUACUGAAACAGAUGAGAGCUGGAACUGGGCUGCUGUGCAACAACAUAAAGUAUACACUGUCAUCCUGACUAAAUUUUGUUCAUUCAUAAGCUGUUCAAACAUGACUGACGGUUUGGAUCAUGGUCUCCGAUCUUGCCCUUGACACCAUUACUGCUCUCCCAGCAUGCAAACCGGAGUCAUUUUCGCCUCUGCUUCGGCGUAAGAGCAGACAAUACAUUGAAUUCCCAUCAGGACCAGGCCUUCUGAUCCCUGCUGACUCUUUUCAACCUCGCAAGGCCACUUCUGCUUUCUAAUGUUUUGUAUGCCCUUCAGAGCUUUCGAAGAC